AUGCUGGAGGAGGAGGAAGAGGAGGAGGAGGAGGAGGAGGAGGAGGAGGAGGAGGGUAGUGGUAGUGAUGGUGAUAGUGACAUUCAUGAUAAUGAUGAAGAAAGAGAGGAAGGAGAAAGCAGCAUUCACAACAAUGACCAACGAGAGAAGGCCGUUGAGACAAGAAGUGUUGAACAUGAAGUCAAUAUAAACACGGACCAACAGUCAGCAGAUGAAUGUAUUGGUAAUAUUGAAUGCACCAAAGACGCUAAAAGUAAACAUGCUGAUGAAAAAGAAGCACAGCAGCAAACCGAUUUACCUGAAUAUAACUCUGAUGUUCCGGUAGGCAGGUCGCUUCUAAAGUGGACUCUGGGACUGAGAUGUAGAAUGUGUCAUAAAUUUUUCCUGGAGUAUGAACAAGCAGAACAACAUUGCCAGACUCUUGAACAUUACAACAAUUAUGUGAAAAGACUCAGUGAGCUGCAAUGUGCAUUAAAUAUUGAUCCAAUGGAUGGACCAAAGGCUCUGGAGCUUGAUAGAUUAUUAGAAGAUGAACCUCCAUCAAAUAUACCACCAGAAAGUUCCUAUCUCAGUGAGUUGUGUAGUGGUCUUAUGUGAAAUAAAGUGAUAUAAUUGUGAAUAAAGUAAAGUCAAAUUUAAAAAGGAAAGAGAAUUCAAUUUGUCUGAACAAAACUAAACAUUUAUGUGACUCAGUGAAACUUCUGAGGCUGUCUGAUUACAUGCAUGGUUUGUAUUUCUAGAGUGUUGUUAGUUGAUUUCAGCCCAGAACAUAACAAACUGUGUUGCAUAAGUGAUUGAUUUGCUCACAGUUCAUUAAUGUUGCUGGAAACAGAUUUCAGUGGGUGGCAUAUCUAGAAAACUUUACUCUUUUUGGCAAAAUGUGGAAAGUCAGUAUAAGAAAUUUGCAUUGUCUGAAAUAGAUAUUUUUCACCAUGGGUAUCUAGUAUGUGCAAUGUAUCUAGAAUGUGCAAU